AGAGACAAGGCGGUAGCGUCAGUGAGUGAGCAGCUUGCUUGAAGGUAGCAUACUAGCAUGGCGGCGUCGAAGGUGUCCGGCGGUCUCAAGGUCGCCAUGGACGACGUCAAGGCCAAGGGGAGAUGGGCACUGGCCGCCCAGUUCUCCUUCCUCGUAGUCUCAGCCGUCACCCUGUGCGUGCUUCUCUACGCCCCGCGCUUCUCCUCCGCACCCGCCCCGUACGGCGCCACCGUCGGCUUCUUCGCGCCCAAGCCCAGCUCGACGAGCCGGACGUCGUCGGCGGCGGUGCAACUCGGGCCGCCGGAGCACGGCGGCGGCGGCGGCGGCGGCGGCGAUGCGGAGCGGGAGGGAGGCGGCGCGCCGGAACAGGUGCUCGACAACCAGAUGGGCUCCCCGUGCUCGUCGCUUCCCAACCACGCCAUCUGCUGCGACCGCACGGACUACCACUCGGACGUCUGCUUCAUGGCCGGCGACGUGCGCACGGACGCCGCGUCCCUCUCGCUCCUCCUGUUCCCGCCGCUGGCCGCGCCAGGCGGCGGCGGGGGCGCCGCGGCCGACACCGCCACCGUGGAGGAGCGGAUACGACCCUACACGCGCAAGUGGGACGGCUACAUCACGAAGACCAUCCACGAGGUGACGCUCCGGUCGGCCCGGCCGGAGGAGGCCACUGCCGGCCACCACCGUUGCGACGUCCGGCACGACGCGCCGGCCUUCGUCAUGACGGCGGGAGGUUACAGCCACAACCUGUUCCACGUGUUCAACGACGGGUUCCUGCCGCUGUGGCUGACGGCGCAGCACCUCCGGCGCCGCGUCGUGCUCGCGGCGCUCGCGUACAAUCCCCGGUGGGCCGGCACGUACGGCGAGAUCAUCUCCGGCCUCUCGGCGUACCCCGUCGUCGACCUGCUCAGGGACAGGAGGACCCACUGCUUCCCCGGCGCCAUCGUCGGGACCCGCUACCACGACUACCUCGCCGUCAACUCCACGCGGCUCCGGGACAACAAGACCGUCGUCGACUUCCACCGCUUCCUCGCCGACGCGUACGACGAACACCAAGACGACAGCAGCGGCGGCGGCAAGCCGGAGGCGACACUACCACCACCACAGCGGCGGCCAAGGCUCGGGAUCGUGUCGCGCAAGGGUCGGCGCGUGAUCGAGAACCAGGCGGCGGUGGCGGAGCUGGCGGCGUCGGUCGGGUUCGACGUCGACGUCAUGGAGACGGCCACCGGGGCGCCGCUCUCGGCCACUUACGCGUCGGUGAGCUCGUACGACGCGCUGGUGGGCGUGCACGGCGCCGACCUGACGACGUUCCUGUUCCUGCGCCCGGGGCGGGCGGCGCUCGCCCAGGUCGCGCCGCUGGGCAUCUCCCUGCUCUCGCGCAACCUCUUCGGCGUGCCGGCGGCGAGGAUGGGGCUGCGCUACGAGCAGUACGACGUGAGCGCGGGCGAGAGCUCGCUGAGCCGGAGGUACCCGGCGGGCCACGUCGUCGUGGCCGACCCGGCGAGGGCGAGGCGGGAGCAGGGGGGGAAGGAGUGGGACCUCGUGGAGCACGUGUACCUGCGCGGGCAGAACGUGAGCCUGGACCUCGGCAGGUUCCGGGAGACGCUGGCCAGGUUGCACUCGCGAUGGAAGGAGCAGCAGCAAAGCCAGGUGUCCGGUGCAGAUGCGUUACCUCAACAAUGAUGACGCCCUCAUUGUUAUGAUAUACAAAUAAUCACGAUUACAUUUUUAGACACGUAAAAAACAUACUCCCCCAUCCCAAAAUAAAUGCACUUCUAGAGUUUAGCUGAAGAGAUCAAUGUUAAUGCAUUGCACUUUAGGAGAGAAAGUAGAAAACGACAAAUACUCUAGAUGUUCACUUAUUUGGAGACAAAUUUUAAACUCUAGAAAUACACUUAUUA